CUGCAUUUUUUUCAAAAGCCAGCGCCUCACGGGAAGUACUAGCAAUGGAUGUACAGGGCUGCCUGGACUCCGUGAGUCAGUACAGCUCUCCAAAAUACGUACGCAUCCAGAGUCCUGUAUGCGGAUGUGUGCAGAUUGUCUUCUAUGCAACUCUUGCUCUGUCUAUUUGUUGUAUAGUCUUCAUUCACAGACUCUAUCAGGAGACGGAUGAAAUUAACAGCUCAGUUCGCACUAGUGUGAAGGGAGUGGCUUACACAAACAACAGGAUCUGGGAUACAGCAGAAUACGCUAUACCAGUGCAGGGGGUAAACUCUUUUUUUGUGAUGACCAACAUCAUUACGACAGAGAAUCAGAUUGAGCAUACCUGCCCUGAGUAUCCCUUUGUCAAAGCUAUCUGCUCUUCAGACAAGUCCUGUGAAAAAGGGAGUGUAGAUAUCCACAGUCAUGGGAUUAAAACAGGAAGAUGUGUGAAUUACAAUGCAACUACUAAAACCUGUGAGGUCAGGGCAUGGUGCCCUGUGGAAUCCAUGGAAAGCCCCCCUAAGCCUGCUGUUCUGAGGAGUUCUGAAGACUUCACUGUGCUAAUAAAGAACAACAUCCACUUCCCAAAAUUUGAUUACAGCACACUAAAUUUUCCACCAAAUGUAAAUACUUCCUGCACAUACAACAAGAUAACUUCCCCCUUCUGUCCAGUUUUCCGUCUGGGAGAUAUCCUUCAGGAAGCCAAAGAGAAUUUUUCCGAGGUGGCAGUGAAGGGAGGAAUUAUUGCCAUUGAGAUUAACUGGGACUGUAACUUGGACAGAUGGUUUUACAACUGCCGUCCAAAGUAUGGGUUUUAUCGCCUUGAUGACAGAAAAACUACUCCUGGAUUGCACUUCAGAUAUGCAAGGUACUACAAGCUACCAGACGGGAGGGAGCAGAGGACUCUUUUCAAAGUCUAUGGAAUACGGUUUGAUGUCCUUGUCUUUGGCACAGGUAGAAAAUUUAAUGCCAUUGAACUCAUUAAGAACCUUGGGUCCAUGAUAUCCUACAUUGGUUUGGUUGCAUGGGCCAUUGAAUUUGUUCUUUGGGUAGGUAGUUACUCCCACUUUGGCAAAUCAUCAUUCUACAAAAUUUUCAACAGGAAAAAGUUUGAGACUAUGCUGGAUCCAAGACAGGUGCUGUAUGUGUCCUAUAUUGAUGAGCCACAUGUUACCUUGAUAAAGAUGCCUCUGAAAACAAGCUUGCAGCAUGCUGAAGGCAGUAUUGUUGAGAGCCACCCUGUGAAAUUCUGUGAUGCUGGCAGCUGGCGCACCAGCGAGUCCAACGAGAACCAUGAUAAUGAAGAAUCUGAGCUGGGGCAACCUCUCAGACAAAGGGUCUCUUCCCCAGAUGGCCAAAAGUGGUGCUGCUGUGGCAAAUGCCGGCCAACACCAAUGUACCAUGAGCAGCUCUGCUGCCGAAGGAAAAAAGGGCAGUGCAUCACAACCUCCUAUGGGUUUCAGCAGCUGGUGCUGUCCCGUGACACCCUGAAGAAAGCCCUUCUCUACAAAGACCCCUUCAUGGACCUGAUGGAUGAUGAUAUCAACAACAAGCUGCGUCACCUUGCUUAUAAGCAAUACAUCCACUGGCAUUUUAGCUGUUUUGAUCUAGAAGACAGAGCCGUCAUCCCAAACUGCUGCAGGUGGAAAAUCAGAGAUACUUAUCCCAAAGCAGUCCACAACUAUACUGGUUUUAAUAUGGAAUGAGAAUGUAGCACAACUUGAGCUCACAUUGUGCCUCACCUUGGGCAUUUAAAUUUUGUUUUCUUUCACAGAGCUUUUCUUAUAUAUUAAAAAAAAAAAAAAAAAAAAAAGAAUAGAAAGCAUGUGACUUACCAAAAGCUUCUGUAGUACAGCUGAAUUCUUGUAUACUGUCUUUGGAGAGGCACAGUUGUCUACUGCUUAGCAUAGAGGAACAAAUACCUUGAGCUAAAGUGCUUGCUUCUGCCUUUGCUUCAUUCUGCAAGUCACCCCAUGUGGUUCGGAAAUGUAGGCUCUGGGACAAAUUCUUAGGGCUACAUUUUAGUAAGAGCUUCCAGGUCUUCUGUCUUUGCACUGAUACAUACCAGAAUCACAGCUGAGUCAGGAGAUGACCAACACUCUGAAAAUAAGAUGGAGCCAAGAGUCAUCUCAAAGCAUGACCCCUGAACAAAGAAAGUCCAAAAGAGAUAGCACUUGAAAAUGUGGUCCUGAGCAUAUUUUCCCCGUGGCACCUUUCUGCAGCCCUGGAUCGAGAGGCUCUAGAAAGAAACACUGAGCGUGUAGUUUCAUAACUCACUGUUGAAGGCCUCAGGGUCCAUCCAGAUUAAACAGGCCCAUUUUAGAUUACUUGUGACACAGACAAAGCAUUUUCUGAAAAGCCCAGGUGUUCUCUUGGUAUUGCUCCUUUUAGCUUGAACUUAGGAAUUACAAUGAAAAGUACUUUUACUGUCUUUGUGUAAUAUUUUCAGGCAUUUCAUUCAUACUCAUUGAAACUGUAAUGUUGGACUUUGGCCUCCUGCUUGCUCUUCACUUCAAACAGGCCUUGCAUCGUAUACCUCCUCCUAUGGAACUUGGCACACUGUGAGUUGCUUUGUGCUACAACGCAUAAGGCCAAAGUACAGCCAAGGAGCAGCAAACUCAGGGUAGAUUUACCCUCACUCCAGCACCUUUUCAGUUCUUUCUUUUUGUUAUGCUCAGCAUGUUCUAUUUUUGUAGAGAGAAGGUGAGAAGGAUUGUAACAUGUAUAUUCUGCACUCCUUUCUGAGCUAACCCAGCAGUUUGCCAUUUCCAUUUCCCAAAUAUAUGUUAAGAUACAUUACUGUCAGCUAUAUUUGUAUUUUCAACUGUAAUAUGCAUUAAUUAACGUUCAUAUUACAGCAUCUUAUGUAUCUAGAGAAGAAAAAUAUUACAGUUGGCAUUAAUGCAUUCCUGUUCUGAGACAUGAACUGACUCUCUGUUUGGAAAUAAUUACACUGAAUGUUCACUUAACACUCUGAUUUUAAUCUCCUUUCACAUUUGUAUAGGUGUUCUUCCUUAUCCUUUCCCCUUUUUUUUUGGUGAUUUCAGUUUUGACUGGUUGUAAUAAAUAGAGUGUUUGAUUUAUCUA